UCCUUAUUAGAGAGCCAAUAGAUAAGCCGUUUUCAACAGACGAACUUCAGGGGUGUACGUUAUUGAUCACUGAUUUUGGAAUGGCUUGUCGUUCUAGUCAGCUGGCACCCCAACAAUCAAAAUUAGGGACAGUAGCAUAUGCAGCACCAGAAGUUUGUCGUCAAGAGGGAUUUUCCUUUAAGUCAGAUAUUUGGUCGUAUGGUGUUGUCUUAUGGGAGUUGCUGACGCUAGAUGUACCAUUUCGUGCAGUGGAACAACCUAGAUUGUUGUUCAUUAUUGCUAUGUACAAUUAUACUUUGUACAUACCAACUGGCGUCCCGGAUCUUUUCGUUCAACUAUUUAAAGAUUGUUGGUCUCCUGCUCCUGUUAAUAGACCUACAUUUGAAAAUAUCAUAGCUAGACUUGAAUCGUGUAAGGAUUGCAGUUUUGUGGAUUUGGAACCUAGUGAAUUGGCCCAAAUUCAGGAAGGCUGGCGUCAACUCAUAGCAGCUCAUCAUAAAGAAGAGCAACAGUCAGUGGCUGAAGCAUUAUCGUCGUCGUUUAAAAGUGGAAGUUUAGAUUUUACGGGUGAACUUUUAACACAACUGGAAAUGUUACGUAAUUAUCGUGAAUCGUUGGACAGAGUUAAAGCAGAUCUAGUUGAAAAAGCUCAUCAACUUCACAUGAAAGAAGAGUUGUAUAAUCGAAUGGCUGGUACCAUGGGUCAACAUUUCAUGCUUUUGGCUGUUCUAGCUGCUAAUCACUUAAAAGAUCCAACUCAUGCAAAUCAAAUUGCUCAGCCGAAACCACCUCCACCUAGAAAGCGUCCGUUCGUUUGUAGCCUUUUUAGACGAUGGGGAAGUAAUGGACAUGCAUAUUCUGCAGAUAAUGAUUGCAUCAAUUCAAGCACGUCUUUCACAAGUAGUUUUCAAGGACAGGAUCGCAAACGAUCUAUCAACUCUACACAGUAUAUUGUUAGCAAUCGACCACAGUUUGAAGGAGCUGUAAAUAGUUCCUCAGAUUUAAAUACAUCUGUUCUUGAUGAAACUUUACAGAAUUCCCGCAGGACAUCUAGUAGAGUGGGUUGUAGUCAGGGUGGAAUACCUCUUAUCUCACCCCCUACAGAUAUGAAACAUGUGGUUCACGUGGAUUCUGAUUGGUUUACUGGUCAGGGAUUAUGUGAAUCAACAAUGCGAUUGUUUCCAU